GUUUUCCUCUCAUGCUUAGCAGCUAGCGAGCUAACACGUAAACAUGAGAGAAGUUCUCUCCAUUCACUGCUUUUCAGGAUGUGACUAUGUUCUUAGGUCGGUGCGCAAGUGUGAGACGUUGUCGGCCGUCAUGGAUCAUUGAAGGAAUGUAACUUUCUCACCAAGCACCAGGAAUGAAUCCUUCACUGGACAACAUGCUCGACCUGCUGACACAGCACAUGUGGAAAGAGCUGGGACCCUUGGACCCAAACUGGUUUGACACACUGACAGCUGAGCCUCAUGCAGUGAAUGAUCCGGACGAACUGUGUGCGAACCAAGAGGGUCAUUUUAAAAUCCCCUUCAACAUCUCUGCCACUGAGAGUCAGUUGUUCUCCACGCCUCGAGGAUUUAGACACGCUCACCUUUCAUCAGUCGAAACUGAGGAGGAAAGUGAGAUUGACGCGGAACCAGGAAAAGCGUUUUGGACAGCAAAAAGCCCUGAUCUGUAUGAGGCUCGUAAAAGAGACCCCGUUUUAAAACAUGGAGUUAACAUCCAGCUCCAGUCACAGGACGCCUUCAAUCUGCUUCAGACGCCGCAGAAGCUGGAGACAAGCUACACCAAAGCCAUAUCUGAAAGCCUUGGCGUGAAUGUUCAAGCUGAUAUAUCAUGGAGCAGCUCCUUCAACACCCCACCUGCAGUGCCGUCCACGCUGAUUCUGUCACACCCAGAAGAAAGUCCUCGUCCUAUGAGUCUGUCGGAUGAAAAGGGCGUUGUGAUUGUUCGCAAGCUUUUCCCUUCUCUUUCAAAUUCAUCCAGAGUCGGACCCUCGUCGCCAGCCAACGCUCCGUUUGAAAGAGAUGCUGAACCUACCCGGAGUGUCGAGCCCCACAACUCCCCCGACGUGGAACGUGACCACAGUUAUUGUGACUCAAAACAGAAAUCUCCAGCGGCGAACCAAGAUGAAGAUUUUUGUGUCUCUGAAAACACUCUGGAUGCAUUUCUCCCAAACAACAGUUCUUCACUCAUAGAGGUAAAGGCUGCCAAACGAAACAAAGUCGACAUGACGGAGGUGCAGCGAUGCAUCGCUCCGCUGACUGAACUGGAAGAGCCAGACAGUGUUUCCACAAAGCCCAACAAAGCUCCGGAUUUGAAAAGCCCCUUAAAAUCUCAAGAUGGCAACACUCAGUGGUCCCCUCUGAGUCUAUCAGGAGUCACACUCUCUGCUGGAGAGACAUGCCACAAUCCCACUGCACGAGAAGGAAAUGGCAGCGUAACAGCAGCUGUCAAACAGAAACCACCUUUAAGUUUCACUCACACUGGAUCUUCAAAGAAAAAGAGGACAUUUAUUUACACUGUGAAGCAAGCAGCAGCGCAAGCGGAAGAAAAACAGACUCCCUCGUGCAGAAUUGACUCCUCACUAGGUCAGGAUGUCACUGCUAUUCAUAAUCCACAUCCCACAGCUGAACUAGAAUGUAGCACAGUUAGAAAUGCAGUCGCUGAAAGAAGCUGUGAAAUGCUACCACCUGAUUCCACCAUUGGAAAUAACCUUCCUCUCUCGGCCCACGUCCAGGACUUUGACAUGUCGCAGCUCAAUAGAGUGUUCGCACAAGACUUCAGUCAGAUGUUGAGCAUUUGUAAACCACAUUCAGCAGCAGAGGGCGACACUCAGAACGGCUUCUCUCCAUCACUGUGUCUGAAGGCUAUAAGGCUUGCAAAGCAGAAAGCCAGGCACUCAAACUUUGAUGCAUCAGAUGCUGGGCUUACCCCCAAAUCUAAAGAUCAUCUGAGCUGUGUGACUCAUGAGCCAAGCAUUGCAGACAGUGGAUUCCAAUCUGUGGCUCCAGAUGUCAGUUUCGCAAGCAACAUGCUGUCUGCUGGGGAAACCAGUCAGAGUAAAACGUCAACAAUGAAUGGAGAAGGUUUUCUCAGGGAUCCUAAGUUGACCUGUAUUGGUAAUGAAGGUGAGGCAUAUUCCACCAGCGAAGCAUCAAUGUCAGGAUUCAAAACGGCCUCCAGUAAAGGAAUAAUAAUUUCAUCAGCCAACGUUGAGAAAGCCAAGCGUUUAUUCGAGGAGUUUGAAGGUGAGACGUCACAGCUUGGAGCUCCACCCAUGGAUUGCAUCAGUGUUCCUAAAGAUCAAAGAUCAGGUGAACCCCAAAUGUCAAACCGUCUCAAUCAGAAAUGUCAAUUGACUCCUUCACAAAAAGCUGACGUGACUGAGCUCUGCUCGCUGCUAGAAGAAGCCGAAAGCCAGUUUGAAUUCACUCAGUUUAAAGCCGCCAGACAACCGUGUGAAGAUCCCGAGGCGCCACUUGAUGCUGACUUUCUGUCGGGUAUAGAUUUUGAUGACAGCUUCUCCUCAGAACAAGAGAAGCCUGUGAUAGCAGAACGUUCCAACAUGGCGCCUCAUCUGAGUGCUUUCAGGAGCGAAGCCUCUCCUCUCAAGUCUGGAUCAGAAACGAACGGGCCUUUAGUGAGGGCUUCCAAAAAAUGCUUCAAAGAAGCUAAAGCUUUGCUUCAGACUGUGAAAGAAGACUCUCAUCACAGUUUACCGACAAGGAAGAGUGACAAUCAUGUCAGCAGUGGUGAUUUGUUAGGACAGAAAAGUUGUGCAACCAAAGAGAAGCACCACUCACAUGGCUCACAUGGGUUUCAAACAGCCAGCGGGAAAGGAAUUUCAAUUUCAGCGAAGGCCUUGGAAAAGGCAAGUGCCUUCUUCAAGGAUCUCGAUGACACGGUGUCUGAGGAAGUAAGGAAAGCAAACACAUGUCUGGUGAACCCACGGCCUGGAUCUUCUGAUGUGAAAAAAGAACUGGAGCUUGAUCCUUCUGAGGAGGCAGUUUCUCACAGACAGGAGUCGUCAGAUGGAAGCCAAAAUCCUACCCUGAAGAAUUUCACUCCCUGCACCUCGGUCAGUGUUGGAUUCUCUACAGCCAGCGGGAAAAAGAUUUCUGUCUCAGCGUCUGCCAUCAGUAAAGCAAAAAGUCUUUUGGAUGAGGUUCAAAUGGACGGCAACUUCAAUGAGCCACCAAGAUCGGAAAACAGGAGAAAUGGAACACAUGCAUCAAGUGGGUUUCAGACAUCUGCUGCUGAAGCUGCCGCGGAUUCAUCUCUGCCAGUCGACAAACAGAAAUCCUUGUUGAAAGAUUUCACUGUCAUAGAGGAAGAAAAAGCCAGCACCGUUGAAGCCUCUGAUCCCACCGACUGUUCAGGUCAGUUGGACAGCUGGAAGCAAGUUGGACUCUCCGCUACAAAGAAAAUAUCUAAUGACAUUUCAGCAGGUUCAGACACAAAAGGGAGCAAUGAUACGUCUCAUAUUCAUUCCAACAAGGAGCGCUUUUGUGAUUCUGUGACAGCUUUUGAUAAAAAUUCAGUGAAAGCAAAUGAUCUCUUUAAAGAUUCCAAUGGUUUUCCAGCGACAGAAAUGGAUGGCAUUGAUGAAUUCUUCAACGAUUCGGAGGGCAUGGAUGUCCUGGACUGUGGAAGGAACCACGUAGAGGAGACAGGACCGACGCUUGCAGACAACAAAGAUGCUGUCAGUGGACGCCUGGCGCUACAAAGCGGAUUACUGGCCGACGAUACCAAACGUGAUGAUCCAUCUCUGAGCUGUGGAACAGAAGCUUCCGUGUCAGAUGAAGUCAUUUUAGCCGCCGUCACCCUGGACGAUGCGAACUUGCAGUUUGAGAAGACAAAUGGUCAAAGAGCUAAAGCUCCACAAUACGGUGGAUUCAAAAGUGCCAGUGGGAAGAGUGCUACCGUUUCAGCCGCAGCCCUCCAGAAAGCAAAAUCUCUUUUGAACAACCUUGAAGAUAAACUCGACCGUGGUGAGGACAGACCAUAUAAACCAACAGUUGCGCCGGUGAUGGCGCCCCCCUCCAUGUCAUCGAUAAAAGGAGGCUUUUGUACAGCCAGUGGGAAGAAAGUUACCAUCUCAGAAGAUGCACUGAGGAAAGCAAACGCCCUUUUUAAGGACAUUGUUGAUGAGGAAGUCUGUGAAGAGUCCAAGCAUGUUGAAGACACAUUACCACCACAAAAAGCUGGUGGUAAUGUGGAGUCAAACAGGAAGGAAAUCACAGGUGUAAUUGGAGAGGAACUGAUUUUUAAAAAGCCACUUUCUCCUCCAUUGCUUGGAUCAUCAACGUCAAACAUCAAAGGAGGGUUUCAAACAGCCAGCGGGAAAGGAAUUUCAAUUUCAGCGCAGGCCUUGGAGAAGGCAAGUGCCUUCUUCAAGGAUGUUGAUGACACGGUGUCUGAGGAAGUAAGGAAAGCAAACACAUGUCUGUUGAACCCACAGCCUGGAUCUUCUGAUGUGAAAAAAGAACUGGAGCUUGAUCCUUCUGAGGAGGCAGUUUCUCACAGACAGGAGUCGUCAGAUGGAAGCCAAAAUCCUACCCUGAAGAAUUUCACUCCCUGCGCAUCGGUGAGUGUUGGAUUCUCUACAGCCAGCGGGAAAAAGAUUUCUGUCUCAGCGUCUGCCAUCAGUAAAGCAAAAAGUCUUUUGGAUGAAAUUCAAAUGGACAGCAACUUAAAUGAGCCACCAAGAUCGGAAAACAGGAGAAAUGGAACACAUGCAUCGAGUGGGUUUCAGACAUCUGCUGCUGAAGCUGCCGCGGAUUCAUCUCUGCCAGUCGACAAACAGAAAUCCUUGUUGAAAGAUUUCACUGUCAUAGAGGAAGAAAAAGCCAGCACCGUUGAAGCCUCUGAUCCCACCGACUGUUCAGGUCAGUUGGACAGCUGGAAGCAAGUUCUGUCUGAUGACAUUUCAGCAGAUUCAGGCACAAAAGAGAGCCAUGAUACAUCUCAAAUUCAUCCCAACAAGGAGAGUUGUCGUGAUUCUGCUUUUGAUAAAAAUUCAGUGAAAGCAAAUGAUCUCUUUAAAGAUUCCAAUGGUUUUCCAGCGGCAGAAAUGGAUGGCAUUGAUGAAUUCUUCAACGAUUCGGAGGGCAUGGAUGUCCUGGACUGUGGAAGGAACCACGUAGAGGAGGCAGGACCGACGCUUGCAGACAACAAAGAUGCUGUCAGUGGACGCCUGGCGCUACAAAGCGGAUUACUGGACAACGAUACCAAACGUGAUGAUCCAUCUCUGAGCUGCGGAACAGAAGCUUCCGUGUCAGAUGAAGUCAUUUUAGCCGCCGUCACCCUGGACGAUGCGAACUUGCAGUUUGAGAAGACAAAUGGCCAAAGAGCUAAAGCUCCACAAUACGGUGGAUUCAAAAGUGCCAGUGGGAAGAGUGUUACCGUUUCAGCCGCAGCCCUCCAGAAAGCAAAAUCUCUUUUGAACAACCUUGAAGAUAAACUCGACCGUGGUGAGGACAGACCAUAUAAACCAACAGUUGCGCUGGUGAUGGCGCCCCCCUCCAUGUCAUCGAUAGGAGGAUUUUGCACAGCCAGUGGGAAGAAAGUUACCAUCUCAGAAGACGCACUGAGGAAAGCAAACGCCCUUUUUAAGGACAUUGUUGAUGAGGAAGUCUGUGAAGAGUCCAAGCAUGUUGAAGACACAUUACCACCACAAAAAGCUGGUGGUAGUUUGGAGUCAAACAGGAAGGAAAUCACAGGUGUAAUUGGAGAGGAAUUGAUUUUUAAAAAGCCACUUUCUCCUCCAUUGCUUGGAUCAUUUCAAACAGCCAGCGGGAAAGUUGUUUCAUUUUCAUCUGCUGCUCUCAGGAAAGCCAGAUCUCUGUUCAGCGACUGUGAUGAUGAAGAUGAAACCAAGUCUGGUCAAAUGAAGAUGGACAAAGAGAAGAUUCAAGACUCCUCAUUAUUUGAGUCGCCUUUCAACCAUGGCGUCUCCACAGCUGCUGGCAAGAAAGUAUCCGUGUCCAACGAAGCCAUGGAAAAAGCUUCACGUUUAUUAAAUGAUGGUCAGUUUCAAGACGACCGUCUCAAGCGUGACAAAGAUCUCUUGCUUCAGGGUGGAUUUCAGACAGCCAGUGGGAAAGGAGUUUCCUUUUCGACCGCUGCUCUCAAGAAAGCAAAAUCCCUUUUUAGCGAGUGUGAGGGAGAUGAUGCUUCCCACUCAGCGGAUUUUAAACAGGCAGGAUUCACGGCAGCGAGUGGAAAGCCAGUGGGAUUCUCUGCCCAGGCUCUCCAGAAGGCUAGAGCACUCUUUGAUGACAUCUGCGUGGAGAACAUGAGUUCAGUUGAGGCUGUAGAUGGGAAGCACAAAAGUGAAGACGUUGAGGGCGUUGAGUCCACCAACACAGCUGUUCUUCUCACUUCAUCUGUGUCCCUCACAAAGGAGGACCGAACUGCCAGUUUCCCUGGUGUUCAAAGCUCUACCAAACCAACCAGUGACAAGUCUCUGGUCGUCUCACUCAACCUCAAUGGCUGCUCAGAAACGCAGCAGGAGUUUCUGGCUCAGGAAGCGCUGGACUGCACCAAGGCUUUGCUGAUGGACGAAAGCGACGCUGACCUGUCGAUGACCUUGGAGAAUAUGCCGCCGCAACAGAGGAAAGCUGAGCAGGAGGAAGGGUUUUCUAAAAAGAGGUUUCGAGAGGAGCAGGGUGUCACUGAUGCUCACCCUCCUCUGAAGAGGAGAUUACUGGAGGAAUUUGACAGAACUGUUGACGCUUCCCGGGGAUUUGAUCUGCGUCCAGAAAAACAUUGUCCAACUGACAGGAGAGUUUCCCAGCACAGUGGUGCUCUCCAUCCAUACGUCUCACAGCCUGACCGGGAUGGAAAAAACUAUUCCGAGUCCAAUCUGCAAAGCUCCACCGCGGUAGAUGUCGAAUCAUCUGUGUCCUCAUUUGUUCCUCCUUUUUUUAAAAACACAAAGAAAGCUGUUGAAAGGAACUGUAGGAGCACCUCAGUCCCACCUGCGUUCGUGCCACCAUUCAAAAAACACAGACCUCCAGCUCAGAUUAAUCCGUCUGCAGCCGAGGAGGAACUCUGUGGAGCAGCCAUCGGAGUGAAGCAUUUUCAACCACCUGCUAAAAAGGUAGAAAUGAAAGCAGCCUCUAAAGCUGGAAACAUAAACAAUGAAGUCGCCCACUCUGUGCAGAGAGAGCCAGAGACUGGUCCUUCAGACGUGACGCUUGAGAGCAUCCAGCUGGCUCAGAGCAUGCAGGAGAUGAGGAUCCGCAAGAAGAGAAGACAAACUAUUAGACCUCAGCCCGGCACUCUGUUCACGACCCGGACCUCUGGAGCGCCGAGGCUAACGUGGAAAACCGCGGUGGGUGGAAGAGCUCCUGCGAAAUACGUCGCUCACCAGCUGUAUGAGUAUGGUGUCGCCCCACAUGUGGCUGAGGUCUCCAGUGAAAGUGCAGAGUCCUUUCGCUUCAGUCUGCAGCACUUCCUGAAGCAGGAGGCGUUUAAAGACAACGGGGGGGUUCAGAUCGCAGACGGCGGCUGGCUAGUCCCCUGCAGGAACGGAACGGCAGGGAAAGUGGAGUUCUACAGAGCCUUGUGUGACACCCCGGGUGUGGAUCCCAAACUCAUAAGCCAGGAGUGGGUGUUCAAUCACUACAGAUGGGUGGUGUGGAAGCUGGCCUCACUUGAGAGAUCGUUCCCUCAAACCAUGUGCAGCCGCUGUCUGACGCCCGAGCAAGUUCUCCUGCAGCUCAAGUACAGGUACGAUGUGGAGGUGGACAACAGUCGGCGCCCGGCUCUGAGACGGAUCAUGGAGAAGGACGACACAUCUGCCAAAACUCUGGUCCUCUGUGUGUGCGGGGUGGUCAGUAGGGGUCACUCUCCUGCCAAACAGAGAGUCAGUGAGGUCAAAGCUCCUCAGGACGGGAGCCGCUACGCAGUGGUGUGGCUGACCGACGGAUGGUACUCCAUCAAAGCCCAGCUGGACGAGCCUCUCACCGCCAUGCUCCACAAAGGUCGGCUGGCGGUCGGAGGAAAGCUGAUCAUCAACGGAGCUCAGAUGUUGGGAUCGCAGGAGGCUUGUUCUCCUCUAGAGGCGCCAGAGUCGCUCAUGUUGAAGAUAAGUGCCAACAGUGUUCGACCUGCCAGGUGGGACACCAAGCUGGGAUUCUACAAAGACCCUCGGCCCUUCACGCUCCCGCUGGCUUCUCUCUUCCACAACGGAGGGCCUGUAGGCUGUGUGGACGUGGUGGUGCUCAGAAUCUACCCGACACAGUGGAUGGAGCGGACGAAUGGUGGCUCGGUUGUGUUCCGGUGUGCCCGAGCGGAGGAGAGGGAGGCCCGCAGAUUCAGCACCCACAAGGAGAAGGCCAUGGAGGUUCUGUUUGCAAAGAUACAGGCUGAUUUUGAAAAUGAGGAGAGAGCAAACAAGGACUCCAGAAGAAGAACCAGACCUGUCACCCGUCGGGAUCUAGAGAGACUUCAGGAUGGAGAGGAGCUGUAUGAGACUGUGGGGGACGACCUUGAGGCGCGUCUGAGUUCUCAACAGCUGGAGACCCUGCAAACGUACAUGCGCUCUCUGAUGGAGAGGAAACAAGCUGAGCUGCAGGACCGGUGUCGUCGCGCCUUAGAAGAGUCAGACAAGAAAGACGGUGGCUGCCCCCAGCGCGACGUCACCCCCGUGUGGAGGAUCUCCGUCGCCGACUGUCUCAAUCCCACUGGCCAAGUUUUCCAGUUGAGCUUUUGGCGACCUUCCUCUGACCUCCAGUCUUCACUCAAAGAAGGCUCCAGGUACAAAGUCCUCAACCUCAUGACCUCGGAAGGAAAGAAGCGUGUCGACUUUGCGCCUGUUCAGCUGACGAGCACCAAGAAAACACAGAUUCAGGAAGUGCAGACGUCUGAACGCUUGUUAUCCACAUGCUUUCGUCCGAGAGUUUGUGUGAGAUUUUCCGACCUUCAGAACCCGGAAUUCACUUCUCUGUGUGGAGAGGUUGAUCUUACUGGGAAGGUUGUUAGCGUCGUCGAUCCUCAGGGUCCCUCACCUGCGUUUUUUCUGGCUGACCCGGAGCUGAACUUCAUCAAGGUGCGCUGCUUUAGCAGCCUGGCGGAGUGUGGUGUGGCAGAGCUGGUGAAGCCAGGUGUUCUGUUGGCGCUCAGUAACCUUCUGCUACGAGGACAAUCCAACGUUCCUACCCCAGUUGUUUACUCCGGGGAUCUCACCGUCUUCUCCACCAACCCCAAAGAGCCUCACCUUCGGGAGUCUAUCGAGCGACUGCAAAACCAAAUUCAGGAUGACUUCUCCCUGAAGGCAGAGGAGAAGCUUUCCACACUGAUGAACGGUCCCAGGUCCAUUUCAUCUCCAGCUCCGCCACUCACCGCCUCUGUGUCACACGCCGACGUCAAGACAGGGAUGCCUGUCAGAGGCCUUGGCUCCGUCACACCUGUGAGUCGGACCCCGGCGCCGGCCACGUCCUCAGAGAAAGACCCUCGAUCCUUAAAGAGAAGACGAGCUCUGGAUUACUUGUCUCGUAUUCUGUCUCCCCCUCCUUUGUCCCACCUGGGUUCUCUGUCAUCGCCGUGUGUCAAAAAGACAUUUAACCCUCCUCGCAGGUCCGGGACCCCCAGCACUUUCAGACCUCCACACUCAACAACACACAGCAAACCUGUCGUGGCUCCAGCGGAGGACGAGUGGGUGAACGAUGAAGAGCUGGCUAUGAUUGAUACUCAGGCGUUACUUUGAUGAAUAUCUCACCUGUAUGAAUGUUAAGUCUGUGUACUGUGUUUUCUUCUGUUCACCAUUCUGCUGUCUUGUGUCCAGUAAUGUUAUUACUGCUGAUGUUUGAUAAGGUUUGUGUUUUGCAGUGAAGGAAAAACAAGAUUUGUUGGUCACAGCGCUGUUAUAUUGUCUAUAUGUAAACAUAA